AUGCUUCACCACCACCACCUUUUUGUUGUUCGCCAACUCAAGGUGACGAUGUGGGGUUUGUGGAGCUUAAGUGAUCUGGAAGUCCAAGGUUUUGCCCACUACUUUUGGAAAAGACACCGUUCCUUCGACACCGUCCCUCCCCAUUAUCCGAAGCGCCGACUACUUUUGCCUGUUCCGAAGCGCCGACUACUUUUGACACACCCAUCGUUCGGUCACACGCACACACUCAGAUACCCAUCGUUCUUUCCUCUCGGAAACGUAUACCAAUCCAAACAGCACCAAUUGGCCUUCCCCCCGACCAACACCUCAACCAAAGCAGGCUCGAACUACAGUAACACGUUCCAUUGCGGCGCCAACAACCCUGCUGGCACUGGUCGUGCUAAGAAGUCUGCGGACAAGGUGGACCCCCAUGGUCUCGGCCCUAGGAUGACUGAUGUUGGGAUGGAGUGGGAGGCUUUUCUGGAGGUUAUUGCUGAAAUUCUCGAGGAAGAACUGGCUUUUCUUUUCGUCGACAGCGUGGAGUGGCACUGGAUCAAGCCCACUAACUCUAUGUUCUUAUCGUUGUGUUCCCGUUUAGCCUACAUUUCAAUGAUGAAGAAGUUCAAACGUUCAAGGCUCUCCCAAAAAUAUGUUUCUGGUAGUUACAUAGUCAUCCGUAUGGAUGAGCCAGUCAAGAAGCCAGUCAAUCACAUCUCUCAUUAG